UCAACUGUGUAUUUGACCAAAUAUUGUGGUUUGAGAACUUUUCUGACCAGUGGGACUAGAGCCAACAUUCUCUUGAUGUUCCUUAACAAUCAUGACUCCCAUUUGCACGCCUAGAAGGUAUUCUGCAGCAGCCGAUUGUGUUUGUUUAUCUAGUGGCUUCUUAAUAUUCAACAUGAUGUCGAAAAGAACCUUGUUGACCAGAUGGACCAGAAGCAGUACCUUGUCGAUGUUCGUUAACAGGACCAGAAGCAGUACCUUGUUGAUGUUCGUUAACAGGACCAGAAACAGUACCUUGUUGACGUUCGUUAACAAUCUUGACUCCCAUUUGCACGCCCAAAAGGUAUUCAUCAGCAGCCGCUUGGCAUUCUUUAUUCAGUGACUUCUUAAUAUUCAACACAAUCUCGGUAAGUUUUGCCAGUUUCUGUUCUUGAGGCAUAGAGUCAAACCUCAUAAAAAUAGUUGUAAUUGCUUCAAGCUUCAUUUUAGCUUCAGGCUGAUUCCCUUGUUGCAUUUUCUGAAAAGCUAUUUGCAAGGUUUGCUCAAGUAGUUGCACAAAUUGCUCUUUUUGAGAACCAUUCUGACUAGAUGGACUUGAUGCAGUAUGUUCUUGAGGUUUCUUAACAAUCGUGACUCCCAUUUGCAGGCCUCCAAGGAAUUCUUCAGCAAUAAGUUGAGUUUCUUUAUUGAGUGACUUCUUAACCUUUAUCAUGAUCUCAGAAAGACAAGCCAUUUUUUCUUCAUGAGGCAAAGAUUUAAACCUCAUAAAAAGAGUGGUAAUAAUUUCAAGCAUCUUCUGACCUUCAAUUUGAUUUCCUUGUUCAAUUGUCUUAAAAGCUACCUGUAAUUUUACCUCAAGUAGUUUCUCAAAUUGCAAACGGUUCUGAGCGUUUGGAUCAGAGACAGAGUCGUGAGCAUCCGAAGUUUGAAACGACAUAGCUAGCCAUAUCACCAAUAAAGACAUCAUUGUUGGAGCUAAACCCUUCGUCAUCUUUCUCUUUCGCUCUUCUUUAUUCUAAGUACCUGUUUACUCUUAAAUGUUUGAUUCAGAGUUUAUGUUUACUCGUUUUAUAGAUAGCUCACAGAUUGGUUACCAAUGUUGGAAAAUUUGGAAGGAGAGACGGAGAGACAAUCAGGCAUUUCCAAACAAUGUGUACCGAUUGUUUUGGGACAAUUUGGCCAUUUACCUGCCAUUGUACGUUAGGAGAUUCUCCCGACCAAAAUCCACGAUAUUACAGAUGGAAAACUGGUUCAAAGGGAUCGAUGCGAGAAGCGGUCGCCGUGCCUAUGCCUUCGUCACAGGUGGAGGGAUGACAAGGCAGCAAUGUACACCCGUUCCUAAUUGCUGGCCUUAAUACGCAGACUCAAACAGCGCAAGUGAGCUAUAAAUAAAUAGACAUGGUAGAAUAACGACUCUGAGCACGCAUUUUCUGUUCUCCGAUCCGCAGAACGAUUAACAGAGUGGAAGAGAAAGAUGACCAAGAUUUCAACUCUAACUGCGAUGUCGCUUGUGCUAUGGCUGGCGAUGUCGAUCGGGAGUUCUUGGGCUGUCAAAGUGGAAUCAUGGACUGAAUGGUCUACUAGGGGACUCGGACUGACGCAGAAGAAUGAAAUGGGGGAGAAUGGUGAAGAUCAGAUCGGGGCAUGGCUAAAUGUUCUGCAUGGGGCCGAAGUUGCUCUUGAAGCUAAUAAAUUUCAGACUGCUAUGGCCAUGGUUGCAGGGGUUGUUGCCAGAUUAGAAAAAACGAAUUGGUCUGAUGAACAAAAACGCGCCAAGUUUAAAGAAAUGCUGGGAAUAAUUGAGCAGGCAAUCCAGGCUGAUAACAAGGUCAAAGCUAUAGCUCUCAUUAACUCACUUACAGCAGAAUUCCAACAGAAAUCUGGAAAUCAGCAAGGAGGACCGAGGGGGUUACUCGAAGCUGAGGAUGAGCAGAAAAAAAGGCAGAUACUAGUGGAGGAAAUGCGAGAAGCCUUCGCAGCUAUUCAAAAGGAGGAGCUGGACAAAGCUGAAAAGAUUAUUAACGCUGUAUACCAGCUUAUUAGGGACAAUAAGGAAUUAUGCAAAAAAGAUAAAGCAAUGGCUCUUCUUGCAGCCAUUCACAAAACUGAAGAGUAUAUCAAGAAAGACGCGAGAGAAAAAGCUGCACAGGCUCUCCAAGGAGCUGCAGCCGGUCUUGGAAUUCAACAGCUACAAGAGAAAAGGUUGGCUGCAGGAUCUAAAGUUGAGGUAGACGAGGAGCAGAAUGAUUCCAAUCAGGAGAGAAAAAAGAUGAUGCUCGAGACCUUUAUGCGACAAGCCCUCACAGCAAUAAAGGGAGAGCAAAGGGCUAAAGCUGAAGAAAUUCUCAGGACUAUAUACCAGAUUCUUAAGAAUAAUAAGAGUUUAGCAAAAGAAGAAAAAACAGUUAAAUUUCUUCAGGCAAUCGAAGAAACUGAGAAGUAUGUUAAAGAAGAUGCGAAAGACAAAGCUGAACAGGCUCUCCAAGGAGCUGCAGUCGGUCUUGGACUUCAGCAACUACAAGAACAACAAGUCAGAAAUAGGAAGACCGCUUCUGGUUCAGAGCUAUAAUUGGUCCAAAUUUAACUUAGAGUUACCAAAUCUGCGUGUGAUGAAAGGAAUUGAAGUAAUAAUUCCCACCAAUUUGGAUCUAAAGCUUAUUUUGAACAGUUUUGUUUUUUCAUUUGUUCAUUAAGCUCAGAGAGUACGUAGU